GGGCUGCGCCUAGCGGGAGGGGAGGGGCAUCUCGCGCAGUGGCCGCCAGUCCAGGCUUCGCGGCGGCUGGAGUAGGAGGAGGGGCCGAGGCCUUGCAAGCUUGGCGAGUGGUUGUAUUGUGUCUCAGCGCAGAAAAGAAGCCCCAGAGGGAGGUGAGGAGGGUCUUCCUUUCCCCGUCGCCCGUCAUGGCCAUGAGGGAGCUGGUGGAGCCCGAGUGCGGGGGCGCCAACCCCCUGAUGAAGUUGGCCAGCCACUUCACGCAGGACAAGGGUCUGCAGCAGGAAGGACUCCGGGGGGCCCUGCCUUGGCCUUCCUCAGUGCCCACAGCUGAGGUGAUAUCUAAACCUCUUGGAAGAGCCUCAGAAGAUGAACUGGUGGCAGAGUUCCUUCAAGAGCAGAAUGGCCCCCUGCUGUCUCGCGCACCACAAACAUUCAAGAUGGAUGAUCUGUUGGCUGAGAUGCAGGAAAUCGAACAAUCCAGUUUCCGGCAGGCCCCACAGAGAGCUCCAGGGGUUGCAGACCUGGCUCUGUCUGAGAACUGGUCACAAGAGUUCCUUAAUGCUGCCGACAGUGUGGUUGAUGUUUCUACGGAUUAUAAUGAAGCUGACUGGUCCCAGGAGUUCAUUGCUGAGGUUACAGAUCCUUUGUCUGUGUCUCCUGCUAAGUGGGCAGAAGAAUACUUGGAGCAGUCAGAGGAGAAGUUGUGGCUGGGUGAAUCAGAAGAUCAAACACAAGCUGAUAAAUGGUAUGAGGAGUACCAGCCUGAGGAUGACCUUAAGAAAACUGCCAAUGAUUUUCUCUCAAAAGUGGAUGAUCCCAAGCUGAACGAUUCUGAGUUCCUAAAGUUUGUCCGCCAGAUUGGAGAUGGGAGGGUGUCCAUCGAGGAAAAUCGGGUGACCAUAACCCCCAGAAACCAGGAUCAGGCAGAACAAUGGGCAGCUGAGUUUAUACAGCAGCAGAAUACAUCAGAAGCCUGGGUUGAUCAGCUUACGCACUCUGGGGACGCGUUGAACUUGGAUCCUGAAUUUGAGCAAGCCAAAACAGCUGUGGAGUCUGAUGUGGAUUUCUGGGAUAAGCUACAGGCUGAGUGGGAAGAGAUGGCCAAGCGAGAUGCAGAGGCCCAUCCUUGGCUCACAGACUAUGAAGAUCUUGCCAGCUCCACUUAUGACAAGGGAUAUCACUUUGAGGAAGAAAACCCUGUAAAGGAUCAUCCACGUGCUUUUGAGGAAGGGCUAAAAUGCCUGGAAGAAGGUGACCUUCCCAAUGCCGUCUUAUACUUUGAGGCUGCUGUGCAGCAGAAUCCCAAUCAUAUGGAGGCCUGGCAGUACCUGGGCACCACACAAGCGGAGAAUGAACAGGAGCUUGCAGCAAUCAGUGCCCUCAGACGGUGUCUGGAGCUGCAACCUGGAAACCUCACUGCGCUCAUGGCAUUGGCAGUCAGUUUCACCAAUGAGUCACUGCAGAAGCAGGCGUGUGAAACCCUGCGGGACUGGUUGCGCCACAAACCGGACUAUGCUCACCUGGUGGGGAAGGAGCCUGAAGAGGGCAGCACUGGCCCAGAUCUUGGGCCCUCCAAGCGUGUCUUGGGCUCCCUUUUAUCUGACUCACUCUUUGUGGAAGUAAAGGAGCUGUUUUUGGCAGCUGUGCAAAGCAACACCUCUGCUGUGGAUCCUGAUGUACAGUGUGGAUUGGGUGUCCUCUUCAACCUGAGCGGCGAGUAUGAGAAGGCUGUGGACUGCUUCACUGCUGCGCUGAGUGCCCGCCCAAAUGAUCAUCUCCUGUGGAACAAGCUAGGAGCCACCUUGGCCAAUGGAAACCGGAGUGAAGAGGCUGUGGCAGCUUACAGGCAGGCACUGGAGCUGCAGCCAGGCUACAUCCGCUCCCGCUACAACCUCGGCAUUAGCUGUAUCAACUUAGGAGCCCACAGAGAGGCGGUGGAGCAUUUCCUAGAAGCUUUACACAUGCAGCAAAAAAGCCGGGGCCCACGAGGCCAGCAGGGGGCGAUGUCAGACAACAUCUGGAGCACUCUCCGUAUGGCGCUUUCCAUGCUGGGCCAGAGUGACCUCUAUGGGGCAGCUGAUGCCCGGGACCUUCCUACCCUUCUACAGGCAUUUGGCAUCCAGCAGUGACUCCUGGAUGGGCUCCCCUGUGAGUGCAGGAUGGGCCCUCCUCAGCAAGACAGAACUCUUUCCCUCUCCCACCUGAACACACACGCACCCCAAUGAGCUAGCCUCAUUUCUAACACACACACACACACACAUAUCCCAAUAGCCCAGGGGAACUUAGGCGUUCAUUCAUUUCUGUUUUCCUUGUCACUCUGGGGUAGACCUUGCUUACAUUUUGUGUGGACUCUAAGCAGCGUAGAAUUGCCUUCUUGUAGCCUCUCUCACACCCAGUAGGAACAGUCAGCUGACUCUGCACCCUCCUUAGUCUGCUAGGUUCACUGCAAAGGGAUACAGAUACUGUGGAAAACUGCUUACUUUUUCUGCUCACUGGGUGCACCUUUAAAAUGGCGAGCUGUUCCUGUUGCCUUGUGCCUGUGAGAGUAGACACAUAAACAUUCCUGGAAGCCAAAAAGGGAAAUGAGUGUGUGCUAACAGAUCAAUAGUAACUUUCUGGGCAUAAGCUAUAAAUAUCAUUGUAUUUUAAGAUUCUGGGCAUAUAUUUGCCUUCAGUGGUGCUGCUAACAUUAAAGGUACAACACACAUGGACUGAAAACAUAUCUUUGUGCAGGAGCACAAUAUAAACAUGACAGUGGUUGGGUUGUUGUGAAUUUUCUGGGCUAUAUGGCCAUGUUCCAAAAGCAUGUGAAGAUGCCUGCCAUAGAUGUGGGUGAAAUGCCAGGAGAGAAUGCUUCUGGAACAUGGCCAUACAGCCCAGAAAACUCACAGCAACCCAGUGAUUCUGGCCACGAAAGCCUUUGACAACACUAUGACAGUAGUUGUUUCUCCCCACCAUUUCCCCCAGAUGUUAAAAGGAGCGGCUCUCCAACUAUGUAUUUAGUCAAGGAAAAAUGCCUCCACUCCGUAGGAUGAAAAUGGGGCCUAACUAAUGCUCCUCAAAUGUGCAGGGCAGGACCGAUGUCUUAAUUCUCCUUCUGUCAUACGUUUCUUGUAAAGUAAAAAGACUAGUUACCUUUGUGUAUACGAUGACCCCUCUUUUGUGUAAUUGGCUCUUUAAAUAUAUGUAUAUGAUUUUUUGUUGAGGAAAUGUUUUUAAAUUGUAAAAAUAUUUUGUAUAAUAGAUGGUAUAAUAAUUAAACUUGCCAAAUUAACCUGA